AUGUCAGGCUCAGCUGACACUCUCCAGAAUGAUGGUGUUCGUGUCGCCCAGCUCUGCGGCAAAUGCCAGGUUCUAUCUUUCGACGAUUCGAAGAUAGACGACCAUAUUGAAAUUUCUUUCGCUGAUGAAAAACGUCUUGGCCUCUGUCAAGGUGCAAAUUGGAAGCCGCUUCAUCUCGAGUUUUUACUUACUGACGACUACCCGGAUCUUCCAUAUUUGACAUGUCAACAGAAGGCACUCGCUACCUAUAAGCAUUCCGAUCCAAAGUGGCACCGGUUCUGCCAUCCAGUGGCUAUCCACUCCCCCAUCAGGGACAAUUUCACCCUUGACCGUGGCUCCAUAGAUUGGGUGAUACGUAACUUAAAAGACUGCGCUAGCCAUCAGCAUCCAAAAAACUCAAGUUUAGAUCCUACCUUUUUUCCUCCAAGACUUUUGGACGUUCGUGAAGGUCUAUUGAGGCUUGUCUUGCAGAAAGAGCUAGUUAAGCGCUCCUCCAAUAGCAUAUGCCCGAAGUAUACGGCGCUGAGCUAUGUCUGGGGCACAAAGGACGACGUAAUCCAUCAGCCAAAGACCACUUCAGCGAAUUUGCAGCAAAGAUGUCUAUCAAUUCAGGAGGAAGAAUUGACUCUAGCGAUCAAAGACGCGGUACACGUCUCCAGGGCCCUAUCUGUUGACUACCUGUGGGUUGAUACGCUAUGCAUACUUCAGGAUGAAUAUGACGCUUCAGACUGGCAGAAAAAUUGCUCAGUGAUGGAUCUCAUCUACGGUAACGCACAACCCACAAUAUGUGCGAGCUCUUCGAAUAAUUGUAACGAAGGAUUUCUGGGUAACAGUGAUCUCCUUCCUCGAAUAUAUAUUCCUUUCCAAUCCAAAAUCAAUGCGACCAUGCAUGGCACACACAGCAUACAACAAUUUGUGGUGAAGAUCGACAGUGAUAUGGCGGAUUGGCCAACAUCUCUAUACGGUAAACAGUUCUCAUCGUGGUCUCGGCGAGGCUGGACUUUUCAGGAGCAUCUUUUAUCAACGCGCACGCUCAUGUUUGGCAAAUUGAGCCUACAAUUUGAGUGUCCCAUGAUAGCCGAGAUUUACAACUACAACAGUUCUGUUCAUUAUUACAAGGGGUCUAAACUGUCUCGGUAUAUGGAUGAAUCGAACGCAGAUACCGACAGACUGUAUAAGAUCUGGGUAACCGGAUUUAUACACGAAUUCAGUCAGCGGCGUGGUCCCGACUCACUUACCGUGCUCACAGACUGCUUGCCUGCACUCUCAGGGCUCGCAGCAAAGUUUUGUCAUCUCCUCAAAGUCCCGAAGAGCGACUAUGUCGCCGGCUUGUGGAAGGCUGACCUAUUCCGAGCUCUCAUGUGGGUGCGAAAUUGGAAGUCCCAACUAGAUUUCGAAAACCACUUACGGGAUUUGGAAGAGGAAGAGUCAGGAAGUGCUCCCACUUGGUCGUGGUCUCAUAACUCUGCUAUGAAUGGUAGCGCUGGUGUUUACAUGCCACUAUACGACCCAAGGACUAUGCCGUGCCGGCAGGAAUGCAGUAUUGUCCCUUGGGUGAGACUACAAGGCGACAACAACUUUGGUAACGUAUCUGAAGGAGUACUUCGAAUUAAUAGUAUAGUCAGCAAACUGCCGUCUACGCUUAGGCAUGAGCACCGCGAUAUCUACACCGCAAUGUCUGUUGGUGAAUGGAGUUAUGAUGAAGUGGCAUACGGGGACAGCAAGACUUACUUAGCUACCUGUGUUCAAGACUGGAACACGCCGCAUCUUUCCAACCGCGGUUCAUGUUCUACAUUUGACUCCAUGAAUAAAGGCUUCGAGCUUGUUCUUCUUGGCAGCCGUAGACCUCGCGGCCAGAAGGAUAUUGAAGAUGACGACAAAGCACCUCGUGAUGCUUACGGCCUCAUCAUAUAUCCAGCUUCUACGAAACCAGGCAAAUAUUAUCGUGUAGGCUUGUUCUACUCAUAUUAUGCAAAGGGUGGAGGUUUACAGCUUUUUCAAGAAGUCGAGACGAAGACAGUUGAGAUUAUCUAG